CAGAAGCUCCAGGAGACACUUUGCUGCUCUUUCUUCACAGAAUAUCUGGACCCAAAUCGGAGCUUAUCACAACUGUUACUCCAGCUUCUAGCUCCACUACCUGAACCCAGUAUGUUGGACUGUGCUAGCAGUUUCUUCACCUAUGAGACAACCAAGUCAGUGGUGGUCAAGAGAAGGUCACUGGGCAUCAUCAACCGCAUAGUCCAGGCGCUCAUCAUCAUUUACUUUGUUGGUUAUGUGUUUCUCUAUGAGAAGGCCUAUCAGGAUCGUGACACAGGGAUUGAGUCAGCGGUCAUGACUAAAGUGAAAGGCUUUGGGUUCUAUGACAAUUAUUUGAUGGACGUGGCCGACUACGUAAUACCACCACAGGGCGCCUCUGUGUUCUGCAUUAUCACCAGGAUGGUCAUCACGCACAAUCAGACACAUGGACUCUGUCAUGAGACUAAUGGAAAAUUCAACUGUAGCACUGAUGAAGACUGUGAAAGACAAUUAUCCUCAAAUUUGGCAAGUGGAAAGAUAACAGGCAAGUGUGUGACCAAAGUUCAGAGGUGUGAGAUAGAAGGCUGGUGCCCGGCGGAGGAUGACUCCAAGAGGACGCCACCCAUGAAAGAGGCUGAAAACUUCACCAUCUUCAUCAAGAACAGCAUUCGCUUCCCGCACUUUAACGUCACCCGAGGGAACAUUGGAUCCAUGAUGGAAAAUAAGACAACAUGUCUGUACAACCCUGUCAGUAACCCAUCCUGCCCCAUCUUCCGAGUAGGAGAUGUGCUCGAGUAUGCCGGUGCAAACUUCUCCAGCAUUGCAUCAAGAGGAGGAGAAAUUGGGAUAAAUAUAGGCUGGGUAUGUAAUUUGGACCUGGGUGAGAAGAAGUGUUUACCCAAAUACAGCUUCACACAGCUGGACUCUGCUUUUAAAAACAUUACCUUCUCCAAGGGAUUCAACUUCAGAUUUGCAAAGUACUUCAUGUCAGAAGAUGGUCGGGAGUAUCGGACACUUCAUAAAGCUUUUGCCAUCCGCUUUGACAUACUUGUGUCUGGCAAUGCUGGAAAAUUUUACAUAGUCCCAACACUGAUCAAUAUCGUGGCAGCUUGCACCUCAGUGGGUUUGGCAACCAUCUUCUGUGACAUAAUCCUGUUAAACUUCCUGAAAGGUUCAGAUCAAUACAAAGCAAAGAAAUUUGAAGAGGUUUCUGGUUUGGCGAGUCAGUCAGAAAGCCAUGAACUCCACAGGUACAGCGUCCACAGCCACGUACUCAAAGAGGAGGUGAAGAACUCUAAUGACUCUGGCGCUUAUUCUAUUGGAGACAGUGCUGGACAAAGUACUUCUGCUUAAAUGUACUUAAAUAUCAAAAGUAAAAAGCAUUCUGAGUUAUUACAGACAUAAUGUUGUUAUCCCGAUAAACAGCCUCCACUGUGACUGCAGACAUGAAUAUUGAGUUAGCUGUUUAUGUCUCCUUGAGAUGAGACUGAUGAGACCUUUGUCAAAAUGAUGUAACCUCUAUAAUAACUCACAUCACUUUUACUUUUGAUACUUAUACAUUUGAAAAGUAUAUAAUUCAGAUGAUUUGUACUUUGGCCCAAGUAGAAGUAUAGAUAAAAUACUUUUACUCAAGUGACAACUUACUGAAAAGUAUUUCCAUUUUUACUCUACUUUUUUGUACUUUGUCCACCCAUAAAGGGACCUCCCUUCCUCCCGCCCUUUGCACAGUGACCCCAGAGGCAUUCCUGCCAACGUUCAUGUAACAUUAAAUCUUAUAUUAAAUAUUCUUACAUUCCUAACAGACACACCCUAUU